AUGCAGACGGGUACACACAGACACCCCAGCACUCAACCUACGUACGACUUCAUCACUGGUGGCGCAUCCGAUGGUCAAUCUCAACCUCUAAGACAAUCAAAAUUCAGACAGUCAUCAGUGAGUAGACCAGACAAUACUCAAGAUGAGAAUUUAAGAGCCAGAAUCAACUCCCUUGAAUAUGAGCUCAAGAACUUGCAGCAAGAGCGCGGUCUGCUGGUUCUACAGCAUGACAAGGAAAUCCAAGAACAACAAGCUAGAGCCGAAGCAGACUUCAAGAAAUGUCAGAAUGCGGAAAGCGCUGCACAGAAGGCAAUUCAGCGACAAGAGGCGCUAGCGCGAGAACUCCGGGAGGCUCAAGACGAAAAAGUUAAUGACAAAGCCGUGCUGGAACGAAAGCUACGAGAUUUACAGGACCAGAAUUCGGCCUUGAAAGAGGAUUCGGAAGAUGCACAAGCGCGUCUGUCCGAUCAGGAAAGACACUACAAACACCAGCUCAACGAUGUUGAGGCCAAGCGCACAGCCCUGCAAGAAACAGUCGAUGGUGUGAAACAAGAACUCGAAGAGCUUACGCAGCACUUCGAAUUGAUACAAAAUCGACUAUCAGCACGCGAUGCUCAAGUCGAAAACCUCGAGACAGAGCUACUCGCCUCGAAAUCACAGUCUGUUGACAGUGGCGCACUCAAUGUGUUACAAACACAGCUUUCCGAACAGGUUGCUCAUAUUCGUCAACUUGAGACAAUAAACAGAGAGCAACUUACGGAACUGAGGAAGUUGCGUGAGGCUCACAGAAGCGUUCAGGUUGUAGAAGAGCAGAAACACGGCUUGGAGAUUGAACUUCAAGUGUUGAAGGAUGUCCAACGUCAGCUAGGAGAAGCUCAGAUACAGAGAGAAAUCCUUGAAGAUGAGAAGCGUACUUGGACGAGCCUCUUGGAGCGUGAUGGGCAGGAGAGCGAAUUUGACUCUCCAGAAGCUGUGGUGAAAGCUUUGAUCCAACAGCGAAUUGAAUUCGCAUCAAUCACCGAUCGUGUGGGAAAUGUAGAGUCAGAAUUGGCCGAAAAAGACGAAAUUAUCAAAGCUCUGGAUGCUGAGAAGACAUCUCUAAAGACAGAGCUUGACCAAGCGAAAUCUAGUCGAACUCCUCAAGACGAUGCUGGCCAUGAUCAAAAAGCUUAUAAGAGGCUAGAGCGUCAGCGAGCGCUAGCCAUCAAAGAAGUUGAGUAUCUGCGCGCACAGCUCAAGACCUUCGAUACGGAAGAGACAAUCUUGAUGGAUAAUCAGAACUUCGACGCGCAACGAUCCGAGCAGGUUAAGCAGUUGGAGGCGCUGGUGGACCAAUAUAAAUCCGAAAUUCAUACGCUUCACAUGGAUAUGUCAAAGUUGGAAUCAGCCCCUCCAGAAGUUGCUGCACCUCAGGGCGAGCCGCGCGGCACAAAAAGGUCUGCAGAAUCUCAGGAUGCAGACAGUGAGAACAGUCCGCAAAUCGGACCACUUUUGCGCAAGAAUAAGAAUCUUCAGGUUGCACUCCAGAAGACUGCACAGCAGGCGCAGAUGUUGGCCACUGAGUUACAGGCUAGCAAAGCACAACUCAAGGCUUUACGAGAGAUAGGCAAGACUAGAGUUCUCGAACUCCGUGACAAUCCUACAUCAAAUGCCGAAAUCAUCAAGAUGUCCACAAUACGCACACUAAAAGAGGAGAACGCGGGACUCCUUGCGCAGCUUCGGGGAGAAGACUUGCAAGGUGUGAAAGUUGUCCCUGCCAGCACCGUAGAUGCUCUCAAGCUCGAUCUCAAAGACAUGGAGAUGGUCGUGACAGACAAAGAAAAGCGAAUGCGACGACAGCGAGAGAUCUGGACUCAGAAAGCUGGUGAGUUUCGUGAUGUCAUUGCUAGUGUUUUAGGAUACAAGGUCAAUUUCUUGCCCAAUGGUAAGGCCAAGGUAUCAAGCAUGUAUUAUGGACAAAAUCACGAGGCCGAUGACGACAGCGAUGAAGAGGAUGGAAAUUACAUUGUCUUCGAUGGAGACAAUGGCACGAUGAAAAUCAGUGGAGGGCCCGAUGGCGCUUUUGGAGCUGAUAUUAAGGAUCUGGUAAACUUUUGGGUGAAGGAGAAGAAGCAGAUACCAUGCUUUCUGGCCGCCAUGACAUUGGAGUUCUAUGAGAAGCUUUCUGGAGGACGUUCUGGUGAUUGA